CUCGUUUGGUUCGGAUGUUGCAACAUCUGUCCUGGAACGGGAGGGUAUGCGUGCCAUGGCCUUUUUUUACUAAGAAUUCCCGCGUUCUUCUGAAUGGCCUUUUUUUUAUUAAGAAUUCCCGCGUUCUUCUUCCGACCAUAAGAGAAGAAUUCCCUCUGAAUCAUCGCAAUUUAUCGGACGUCUCCGAAGAGAGAAAGAGAGAGCGAAAUGUCAGUCAAUAGAAGCCAGCAAACCGAACCUAUAUUUUCGUUCCUCACUUCAUUGUUCGCGGUCCUCUAGCGUCAACCAGGAUUCGUGAGUUUUUAGAGUUGUUCCUGACGAGAAAGGCAAAACCACCACCCAAAAAAUAGAUUGAUAGAAGAAGCGGUUAGGUACUUCCUUUGUACAGUGCUCGUUAAAAGGACGGUUUUGGGUAGGUAGCGACGGUUCGGCAAAUGUUUUGUUGUACUUGUUUGACGAUUUGUGGGGAACUUUGAUCGUUGGUAUGGAUGUUCUUGUGGGUUGAGUGGACUGAUGGAUGUAUUUGUGAUGUGGGUCUUCUCCAUUUGUUUGAUCUAUGACGAAUUUUUGAUCAAUGAGUCAGUGAAAAAUGCCGUUUAGGAUUGUUGUUCUGUUCAGAUCCUAAGGUGGGAUUCCUUUUGUUUGAUGAUCAGUUGGGUGAUAUGGUUAUCAUUUCGAUAGCGAACUAGGGAAGUUCUAAAUGGGUUUUUCGAGGGUUUGCCGAUUUCAGAGGGGUUCAAACCGAUGUUGAUUGGUUUGAUUAGAGGAAUGGGUAACUCAUUUGGGUGUUCUGCAUCCGGAGAGAGGUUGGUUUCUGCCGCUAGAGAUGGUGACCUUAUUGAAGCUCGCAUGCUCCUGGAACUCAAUCCGUGCCUUGCCAAAUACUCCACGUUUGGAGGCCACAAUUCUCCUCUUCAUUUUGCCGCCGCAAAAGGCCACAACGAGAUAGUCAACGUCUUGCUUGAGCAUGGGGCAGAUUCCAAUUCGAAGAAUUAUUGUGGGCAGACAGCAUUAAUGCAUGCUUGUCGAUAUGGACAUUGGGAAGUGGUUCAAAUGCUUCUAUUGUAUAAGGGCAAUGUUGCAAGAGCAGAUUACCGUGGUAGAACAGCGUUGCACUUUGCAGCAUCUAAUGGUCAUGCCAGGUGCAUGAGGCUUCUUGUUGCUGAUUUUAUACCCAGUGAGCCUUAUGAGCCUGCUACUUUCUCGGAGACUAUGGGUGAAAGCUUCACCAGACAAAAAUACAACAGUGCGCUCUCCAAGUUUGUGAACUGGGAUGCUGAUGGGGGACUGACAGCUCUUCAUGUGGCUGCACUGCAUGGCCAUUUUGAUUGUGUGCAAUUGCUUCUUGAUAUAAGUGCAAAUGGUUCAGCCGUGACAUUCCACAAUGGUACAUCAAUGGACUUGAUAGGUGCUGGAAGCACCCCUUUGCAUUAUGCUGCAUGUGGAGGAAAUAUGAAGUGUUGCCAGGUUCUUAUUGCAAAAGGUGCUAGCCGAACUGCUAGGAACUGUGAUGGACGGCUACCACUUGAUAUUGCGGUAACAUGGGGAAGGCAUUGGCUUGCACCACUGCUAGCACCGGACUCUGAUGUGAUUCCCCGAAUGUUUACACCAUCGAAGUUCUUAGCCUUGCCUCUUUCAAGUAUAAUAAGCAUAGCAAGGGAGUGUGGGCUACAAUCUGCUGGAGACUUAACUGAUGAUGAUGAUCUUUGUGCUGUCUGCCUAGAGAGAUCUUGCAUGGUUGCUGCUGAAGGUUGUGCUCAUGAAUUCUGUAUCAAGUGUGCCCUUUACCUGUGCUCAACUAGCAACAUCAGAUCUGGCGCCAUUAGUCCUCCUGGUUCCAUUCCAUGUCCUCUUUGUCGAAAUGGGAUUGUUUCUUUUGUCAAACUGGCUUGCUCUCCCACCAAAGAUCGGAAACUGAACCACUCUCUUCAUCUCUGCACUGCAUGCAUGCUUCAGGGUCAUGCCUGCACUGCGUCUUCUGCCAAUGAUGAUAGGUCUGACUUACGCAAGAGCUGUGUUGCUUCUGUUUCUUCAAAUAUGUCCUGUCCCGUCUCUUGUACUCCAUUUGCUUCUUUCACAUUACCUUCAUGUACAUGCCAUAGUGACCCUGAAUGCCAUCAUGAUGAGAAUAGCGGUAGAACACCUCAACUACCAGAAAAUGCUCCAGUUCAGCAGGACAGAAUUGAAGGGCCGAAAAUUGGAAAAAUUGGCUGUACGAAGCUUUUUCGACACCGCAGGACUUGCCACAGAGAGCAUCAGUGUGAUCUGGAAAUAGGUGUUUGAUUGUCCUUGCUAUUUAUGUAAAAUAGAAAAUGGUUUCUGGGAAAUCACCUGUCAUGUUAGGCAGCAUAAUGCAGCUUCUCACUGUGUGUGCUUCACUGCCCAGAUUCUUAGUGCGCAGAACGAGGUUGGCCAGCUGACGCAAGCUGAUAGAUAGAAUUCAGAGAAGAAAUUGUAUUACAGGCAAAUGCAGAAUUUUUCAACAGCAAUUAUUGGUAACAAAAAGUUGUAUGGGGUCGUUUCCAGUACUAGCUUUAUACCUGCAUGUAUGCUAAUUGCACCAGGCGUGAGCGAGAGAGAGAGAGUACUCCUCUUGUUAGCUGUAAGUUAUUUGCUUGCCAGGUGAUCUUUUGCUUGUCAGGGUGGAAAAAGCAAAAAGGACAGGUUCUUGUAAUUGUCCAUCCAAUUCGAACUUUGAGCCAUACCUAAAACCCAAAAUUUACUCUCAUUCUCCUUGUUCAUAGUCAUCAUUUUGAGAAUUCAAAGGCCGUUUUCUUAAUUAA